AUGCGAGCGAUUAUGAUGACAAAAAAAACUUUUCACUCCUUCUAUCCUUGUCCAAAUGUUAAGGCGCCAUUAGGUGCUGGCGGUUCAGAUGGUUGUCUAAGUCUUGCGUUUAUCACUCUCUCUCUCUCUCUCUCUCUCUCUCUCUCUCUCUCUCUCUCCUUCCUUCCUCCUUCCUUGUCCAAUAAAGCUUUUUCACCAUUAGUAGUCAAUUACGAAUUUCUCUCUCUCUCUCUCUCUCUCUCUCUCUCUCUCUCUCUCUCUCUCUCUCAAAAUUAUCCUCCCUCUACUUCUCUCUCUUUCACUUUCUCUUUCUCUCCUUCUCUCUCUUUUUCUCCAUCUCUCUUUCGCUCGCUAUUUUUCUCACACUCAAACUUUCUCUUUUUUCUCUCACUUUUUCUCCCUCUCUCUUUCUCUUUCUUCCUCUCUUUUUUCUCUCUCUCUCUUUCUCUCUAUCGCAUUCUCUCUCUUUGUCUUUCUCUCUUUCUCUCUCUUUUUCGCCAUCUCUCUUUCGCUCGCCCUUUUUUCUCUUUCUCACUUUCUCUUUUUCUCCUCUUUCUUUCUCUUUCGCUCUAUCUUUCUCUCUCUCUCUCUCUCAUUCUUUCUUUCGCUUUCUCUAACUCUGUUUGCCUCUCUCUUAUUCUCUCUCUUUUUCUGUAUCUUUCUUUCUCUCUCUUUUUUCUCUCUCUCUCUCUCACUUUCUUUUUUUCUCUUUUUCGCCCUCUCUCUUUCGCUCUCUCUCUUUUCCCUCUUUCUUUUUCUCUUUGCUUUCUCUCUCUCUUUGUCUCUCUCCUCCUCUCUCUUUUUCGCCAUCUCUAUUUCGCUCGUUCUUUUUUCUCUCUCUCUCAUUUUCUCUUUUCCUCUUUUUUCUCUCUCUCUCUCUUUCUCUUUCGCUCUCUCUUUUUCUCUCUGUCUCUUUCUCUCUUUCGCUCUCUCUUCUUCUCUCUGGCUCUGUCUCUCUUCUCUCUUCCUCUCUCUCUUUGUCGCUCUCUUUGUCUCUCUCACUUCUCACUCUUUCUUCCCCCCCUCUCUCUCUCUCCCUUUCUUUUAUCUAUCUAUCUAUCUAUCUAUCUAUCUAUCUAUCUAUCUAUCUAUCUAUCUAUCUAUGUUUUUCUUUAA